GUGGAACCUGGCGCCGCGUCCCUGCGUCCCUUGGGGGUCUGGGAACAUGGCCCGAAGGGCUCUCAAGCUUGCUUCGUGGACCAGCGCGGCUCUGGCUGCCUCGUGCUUCUACCUCUACAGUAACAAGUACUUGGAUCCCAGUGACUUUGGCGCUGUCAGGGUGGGCAGAGCCAUUGCCACGACAGCUGUCAUCAGUUAUGACUAUCUCACCUCCCUGAGGAGUGUCCCCUAUGGUUCAGAGGAGUACUUGCGGCUUCGAUCCAAGGUGCACCUCCGUUCUGCCAGGCGUCUCUGUGAGCUGUGCUGUGCCAACCGGGGCACUUUCAUCAAGGUGGGCCAGCACCUGGGGGCCCUGGACUACCUGCUGCCGGAGGAGUACACCAGCACGCUGAAGGUGCUCCACAGCCAGGCCCCGCGGAGCAGCAUACAAGAGGUCCGCCAGGUCAUCCGCGAGGACCUGGGCCGGGAGAUUCAGGAUUUGUUUGUGAGCUUUGAUGACACCCCUCUGGGGGCCGCCUCCCUGGCCCAGGUCCACAAGGCGGUGCUGCGUGAUGGGCGGACAGUGGCCGUGAAGGUCCAGCAUCCAAAGGUGCAGGCUCAGAGCUCAAAGGACAUUCUCCUGAUGGAGGUGCUUGUCCUGGCUGUGAAGCAGCUGUUUCCAGAGUUUGAGUUCAUGUGGCUGGUGGAUGAAGCCAAGAAGAACCUGCCUUUGGAGCUGGAUUUCCUCAAUGAAGGGAGGAAUGCUGAGAAAGUGGCCCAAAUGCUCAAACACUUUGACUUCUUAAAGGUCCCCCGCAUCUACUGGGAGCUGUCCACCAAGCGGGUCCUUCUGAUGGAGUUUGUGGACGGCGGCCAGGUCAAUGACAGAGACUACAUGGAGAGGAACAAGAUUGAUGUCAACGAGAUCUCGCGCCACCUGGGCAAGAUGUACAGCGAGAUGAUUUUUGUCAAUGGCUUCGUGCACUGUGACCCGCACCCCGGCAACGUGCUGGUGCGGAAGCGCCCGGACACAGGGAAGGCGGAGAUCGUCCUGCUGGACCACGGCCUCUACCAGGUGCUCACAGACGAAUUCCGCCUGGAUUACUGCCACCUCUGGCAGUCGCUGAUCUGGACUGACAUGGAGAAGGUGAAGAAGUACAGCCAGCGCCUGGGAGCCGGGGAGCUCUACCCCUUGUUUGCCUGCAUGCUUACUGCCCGGUCUUGGGACUCGGUCAACAGGGGCAUUGGCCAAGCUCCGGUCACUGCCACAGAGGAUGCAGAGAUCCGCGACAAUGCAGCCAGCUACCUCCCCCAGAUCAGCCAGCUCCUCAACCAUGUGCCUCGCCAGAUGCUGCUCAUCUUCAAGACCAAUGACCUGCUCCGUGGCAUUGAGGUCGCCCUGGGCACCCGUGCCAGGGCCAGCUCCUUCCUCAGCAUGUCACGUUGCUGCAUCAGAGCGCUGGCUGCGCACAAGAAGAAGAACACCUGCUCGUUCUUCAGAAGGACCCAGAUCUCUUUCAGAGAGGCCUUCAACUUAUGGCAGAUCAACCUUCAUGAACUCAUUCUGCGUGUGAAGGAGUUGAGAUUGGCCAGCUGGGUCGUGGCCCUGCUUUGCCGGCUGUUGCCCACUUUGUACUGA